AUGUUUACAGUGGCACAAUUUUUUGAAAAACAACAGCUACGCGUACUUGCUGUUCCGUCUUCAUGGAUUCGUGACGGGUUUUUGAUGUGGCCAAAGAUUCCUUCUAAUGAAAAGUUAGAUAAGUUGCGUACAUCAGGAAUCGAAUUCCACGGGGCCAUAAAAAAAAUUCCAGUUCUCGCGGGCAAGAAAUAUAAAUCGCUUGAAGCUGCCGAAACAGCCGCUGACAGUCUUCUGAAGCAAGAUGUUUCUGAUAUCGAAACAAAGCGGAGAAUAUUAAAGCAACCUAAAACCAAAAUAUCUGAUCCGCGUCCACUCAAAGACUAUAACAAGAUCAUUCAAGAUAUUUCAUCAUCGGAGAAGACUUUGCAAAUUGAAUCAAACAAUCAGAUACAACAGGGUUUUGCGGAAUUUGAAGAGACGAAACCAUCUCGUUUACCAUCAAAAUUGACAAAGGAAUAUAUUUCCGGAUCGGCACGGAUUCAUAAUCCAGAUGAUCCGCUUCUGAAACAGGCAAUUGAACCACAAAAAGAUCACACAACGUACAAUUUACUGCAGAGUCAACCGGUUUCACAAAUAAAAUUAAAUUCUUCGAACUCUCCCGUGCCAGCUAAAAUUAUUAAAAGUCAGACGAAGAUUACUGGUCCAGCAAUAAAUCUGCUGCAAAAUAUUGAUACUGGAAUACUUGAAGAUUUGACAUCAGCUGUACCGAUAAAUGUCUUGGAGAAUCAGCUGAUCGAACCCACACUAAUGACGGAUGAUAACAUCAUAUACAUCAAUACACCGACAAACUGUUCCGAAACAAUCAGAGAAUCAGAUUUUUCGGAUGCUAUCACGAUGGUACCACUGAAGAGCGAGGUAACAUUACGAGAGACGUUGACUAUUCUAAAAACUGAAGUAACAGCCAUGCGAAAUGAAAUGACUCAAUUGAAAAGUGACAUUACUGUCUCAAUUAGACUUGCUGUUGAAGAUUGUUUGGAAAAAAGCUUCCAACGAUUCGCGACAAUACUCGAUAUGGAAAGGAAAGUAGCAUCACACGUAUUAUGUGAAGUGAAUAUAGCAGAGGAGCAUAAACUCAUUGAUGAUGAGGAUGAUCUUAUAAAUUUCAAUAAAAAGUUGGCCAGCAAACAAGUGCGUGAGGAAUACAUCAAAUAUUUCUCCAAAAUAAUUGUACCAGUUGCAUACUACAGUAAAGGAGACUCUGCAUGCUAUUUGAUAGUUGAUUGUCUAUUCACUCGAGCAUUUUGGAAUGCUUUCACUUGGACUGGUAUUAGUAGAGGAACCAAAUCAAAGCGUGGAUUCCGCGAAUUCGCUAAUGUUUUGCAACUUCUUCUCGCCAUAGUCAGCGUUGGUGAUCCGACAUAUACCAGUAUAAAAUUGGAGACAUUUUGCAAAAAUCGACUAUUUCGUUAUUCAAAAUCCAGAUGUUCCAGUAAGCAGUUACGCAAGUCCACGUGUCGUCUUACAAAAAAGAAGAAGGAUGAGGCUUGCAGCAACUCUGUUGAGAUUGAUGGUCACGAUGAUGACGAUGACUUCAGCGAUGAGCUGAUAUAUAAUACCGCAUCUGAUCCUAAUCAAACCGAGUUGCAACCUGAAGUGGAAGUGUUAAUAAGUGUAGAUGAUUGCUAA